UAAAGUCAUGAGGAGUAUAUGACACGUGGAGCAAUACUCAAAUCAAUUCACGCAUGCAGCACUCCUUCCUAAACCUGACGCUGUACCACUGGAAUCGAGGAGACCAAAUACCUUCAAAAAUCACAUCUUCAAUCUCAAAGAGUCUCUACAUCUUCUAUCUUCUUCACAAAUUCAUCGGUCCUUCUCUCAAUCGCAAUCUACCAAAAACUCGGCCUCAGCAAACUGAACCUGCAAACAUGGUACGCACCAAGAUCGCUCUUCCACAACAAUGGAGGAAUCCUCAAAGCACCAGGAGAAACGCAGCAGUACUCAAGAAGUUUGCGCUAGGAAGAGCGAAGCUACAACGCUCGAUUUCCAUAGCAGAGAGUAGUUGCAUGUCCACACCUCCCAAUCUUGGAGAAAGAUCUCAACCCUCUUCCCCCGUUGCUGAAAGACUGCUUGCAGAACGAGUCGAUGAAGCACCUCUCAACCCUAAUCUACCGGCUGUGCUCUAUCUGGAAUACCCUACCCAAGAGCAAUCCAACAAGGAAUCUCCAACUCCACCAAUAAUGGAGAAUAUGGGUGAGAAGAACAAUUUAAAUCGACAAGAGGAGUCAUGCAAAACUAAAUCAGGUGAAGCAUGUAAGCCUGGUAAUGUUGAAGAUGAAGAGUUUCUGAAUCUGUUGGACGAGGAACCUCUAAUGGCUGUCUCAGAAGUGCCCUUCCACACACAAUCAAGCACAAUGAACACCCCACAGAAUUCGAAGUCAAAAUCCAAGCCAUCUGUUUCAAAUCCAGUCCGCUGGUCCAAACGAAAGCUAGAAUCUGAGAUUCGCACCCCAGAAGCAUCAUCAUCCCCCUCCAAAAGGGUCAAGAACAGAAAGUCUCCUGACGUUAUUUUUCUCUCUUCUAUUGCUAAGUCAUUCAUGAGUCUGAUUGAGAAAAAGCACAUCAUUCCCCAACGGAAUAUUGAUGUUGAUGAUUUCACCUUGAAAACUAAUCUCAUGUCUCUGUUGAAAGAUAGAAAGCUGUUGAAGUCUGUAACACUGCCUGGGUCCUAUGUCAAACAAGUGAUUCGUGAAUUUUACUGCAACUUAAAUGAGAACUUUGCUCAACCUACUGAUGAGAAUUUUGAAAAAGUGUUUGUGCGAGGGAAGCACUAUGAUUUCUCUCCUGCUGCAGUUAAUACUUUCUUGGGUAUGACUGAUGAACUGGAUGUGCAAAUAGGAGAAGCUACCAUGUGGAAGGAACUGACACAUGGUGCCAGAAAUAGCCAACAAUCCACAAACAAAGUCCCUUCGUCCAUUCUCAACAGCUCUUAUUCAAUUCUGUUGCGUGUUGCAGCAUGUCACUGGCUUGCAACCACUCAUACUAACACUGUCACCAAGGCCAUGGGAAUGCUCCUCUACAAAAUCAAAAAUGGUGUCCCAAUCAACCUGGGAAAGCUGAUUGUGUCACAGAUUGCUGAAUUUGGAAAGCGAAACUACAAGCAAAAUGAUAAUGGACUGCCUUUUCCUGUUCUAAUCUUUCAGAUGCUUCUUUCUCAGGGGUUUGUCAAAGUUGAUGCUGACAAGGAGGAACCACCGGAGCCACUACUGCAGAUUGACUACAGGCAUUUUGAAGGAAACCAUUUCAAUGACAUGGAGUCCACUCAAAGCUCUGCUCCCCAAAGGGUGUCAGCAGGGAUGCAAUAUCUGGAUGCCAAGCUUGAAGCAAACAGGGAAGAGAUGAGGAUGACACUGGCCAAACAGUCAGCACUUGAGGAGGAAUACAAGCAUCUCACUUGGCUUAGAGAAGUUGUGUCUGCCAGUGCUGCAAUAGAGAGAGAAUCUGCUCAGGGGGAGAGGGGGAGAGCUCUGAGGACAAAGAGCAGGAGGAUGAACUAUCAGCAUAAGUGUUUUUAUCUUCGUUACUUAGUUGCAUCUCAAAACUUGACAUUAUUUUGGUGGGGUUGUUCUGCCCUGUUUUCUGAUUUCAACCUUUAUGCUUUACUGUUUCUACUGUGACUGCUAUCAGACUUUUCCUUGGUGUUUGAACCUGGUUUGCCAAGUCUUCAUAUCUGCCUACUUUGGUUAUUUAUCCCAUUAUCAUUUUCUGUUCUAUGAGCCAUUGCAAAUCCUUCUCUUACAUGGUGUAGGUACACUCUCAAGUUCAACUUUAGGAUAUGUUCUAUAUCAUGUACCUCUCUUGCUCACAUGUUGGAUAUUACUCUUCUCUAUUGCCCAGUUAUUCUUUAAUACACUUUGGCAUAUUUU